CAAUGUUUAUUAUGUACAGCGCUGUUGGAUCUGACAAGAUCCUCCACCCUCAUCUAUCCUUCCCUUCUCUCCCUUUGGGGGCAGAGACGCACACUUAUAUAAGGUCUUAGUAGCCAAUCAAUGCAAAGCAAGGGUUACAAGCUGAUAGGUCAGAAUCAUCAGUAUCUAGGCAGACACACGUUUUACAAGGUUGUUUACGCGGCAACAAGAACCCGGAAGCAGGAAACAGGCGCCAUCUUAGGGGAGCGGCUAAGGCAGCUCCCAACAAUCUCAGGCUGUAGCCCAUGAGUUUGGCUGGGCAUCUGCUUUAAUUAAGUUCAUGUUUUCAGGGAGAUGGCAAAUGUGUGGGGAAGGGAACGUUCAGCCCAUUUAUGAACUUCUAGUCCAGUAAAAUAACAAGGGGAUGGGGCAGAGAGGAGCUGACUUCAAGAGAAAUGACAACAAAAAUGGACUUUCUCAGAAACCCCAGGGUCAGGCCCGUGACCGAGGUGUAGACGAAGAAGUGGAGUCAUGCUUCACACGGCCGUGUCAUGCUGGCAGCCAUUCCUGGGUCUGGCUGUGCUGUUGGUCUUCAUGGGAUCCACCACUGGCUGCCCUGCCCGCUGUGAGUGUUCUGCCCAGAACAAAUCUGUGAGCUGCCACCGAAGGCGCUUGAUUGCCAUCCCGGAGGGCAUUCCCAUCGAGACCAAGAUCCUGGACCUCAGCAAAAACAGGUUGAAAAGCAUCAACCCUGAGGAAUUUAUCUCCUACCCUCUGCUGGAAGAGAUAGACUUGAGUGACAAUAUCAUCGCCAAUGUGGAACCAGGAGCAUUUAACAACCUCUUUAACCUGCGUUCCCUCCGCCUGAAGGGCAAUCGCCUGAAGCUGGUCCCUUUAGGAGUGUUCACGGGGCUGUCCAACCUUACCAGGCUGGACAUUAGUGAGAAUAAGAUUGUCAUUUUACUGGACUACAUGUUCCAGGACCUGCAUAACCUGAAGUCUCUCGAAGUGGGAGACAACGAUUUGGUUUACAUAUCACACAGGGCCUUCAGUGGGCUACUUAGCUUGGAACGGCUCACCCUGGAGAAAUGCAAUUUAACAGCAGUACCCACAGAAGCCCUUUCCCACCUCCGCAGCCUCAUCAGCCUGCACCUCAAGCAUCUUAAUAUCAACACUAUGCCCGUGUAUGCCUUUAAAAGAUUAUUCCACCUGAAACACCUAGAGAUUGAUUACUGGCCUUUACUGGAUAUGAUGCCUGCCAAUAGCCUCUACGGUCUCAACCUCACAUCCCUGUCGGUCACUAACACUAACCUGUCUACGGUACCCUUCCUGGCCUUUAAACACCUGGUGUACCUGACCCACCUUAACCUCUCCUACAAUCCCAUCAGCACUAUUGAGGCGGGCAUGUUCUCCGACCUGAUCCGCCUUCAAGAGCUUCACGUCGUGGGGGCCCAGCUCCGCACCAUCGAGCCGCACUCGUUCCAAGGGCUCCGCUUUCUGCGUGUGCUCAACGUGUCUCAGAACCUUCUGGAAACUCUGGAAGAGAACGUCUUCUCCUACCCUCGAGCUCUGGAGGUCCUGAGCAUCAAUAACAACCCACUGGCCUGUGACUGCCGUCUCCUCUGGAUCCUGCAGAGACAGCCCACCCUGCAGUUUGGUGGCCAGCAGCCCAUGUGUGCUGGCCCGGACACCAUCCGCGAGAGGUCAUUCAAGGAUUUUCAUAGCACUGCCCUUUCUUUUUACUUCACCUGUAAAAAACCCAAAAUCCGUGACAAGAAGUUGCAGCAUCUGCUUGUGGACGAAGGGCAGACAGUCCAGCUAGAAUGCAGUGCUGACGGAGACCCACAGCCUGUGAUUUCCUGGGUGACACCUAGACGGCGUUUUAUCACCACCAAGUCCAACGGGAGAGCCACCGUGUUGGGUGACGGCACCUUAGAAAUCCGUUUUGCCCAGGAUCAAGACAGUGGGAUGUACGUCUGUAUCGCUAGCAAUGCUGCUGGGAAUGACACCUUCACAGCCUCCUUAACCGUGAAAGGAUUCACUUCAGACCGCUUCCUUUACGCAAAUAGGACCCCUAUGUACAUGACCGACUCCAAUGACACCAUUUCCAAUGGCACCAAUGCUAACACUUUUUCCCUGGACCUUAAAACAAUACUGGUAUCUACAGCCAUGGGCUGUUUCACAUUCCUGGGAGUGGUUUUAUUUUGUUUUCUCCUCCUUUUCGUGUGGAGCAGAGGGAAGGGCAAGCACAAAAACAGCAUCGACCUUGAAUAUGUGCCCCGGAAAAACAAUGGUGCUGCUGUGGAAGGGGAGGGGGCUGGACCCAGAAGGUUCAACAUGAAAAUGAUUUGAGGGUCUGCGCUGUCACCACUGUCUCCGUGUCAUUGUUGGUAGUCAGUAAGAGUCUGGCACAAGAAAUCACUAGGCUGAGCGGCAGCUUCACGCAGCUGCCCCUGUGUCAAAGCAGGGCCGUGGAAGCAGGAGGACUUCUUGUGGAGAUGCUCCAGCUAGAGGCAGGCAGGCAUGUGUCAGAGCCCUUCACACAGUGGGUUACUAAUAGUUUGCUUUGCAAAUACUGGCAUUCUGGGGAUCUCAGUAAUGAACCUGAACCUUUGGCUCACGCUCAUGGACAAUAUUCCGCAUUUUCUACCACUGCAAAAACAAAAGAAAGAAUAAGAACAACCUACAGUGUAGGAUUUACAUAUUAAAGACACAUUUGUCUAAAACAUACUCUACAGAAAAUUUUGUAUCUAUGAUUAUCCUUUGUUAAAGCCUUGCAUCAUACCAUACUGUUGGUUCGGCACCAAAAAGAGAUCAAUAUAUUCUUUACUUUUCUUUUUUUAACGUAUAUGCUGUAUAUGUUUUAAAGCAAUAUGAAUGAGAGGUUGUGCUUUUAGUUACUCACCACUAUAGAUCCAAGUGUGAUUUCACCUUCCUUUACCUACAGAUCGGCUUGAGACUAGAUCCCUGGAGGAAUGGGCAGCGGUGUGUUGAGAGAUAUGUAUGUCUAACGUAGGAUGCCAAGAGACAAGACCCAAGGCAAAACUACUCAACUCUGUUAACUUCUGUUACUAUAAAUAAAGGCAUGUGCCUAGUUUUGAUACAGAA